GGGGCGGGGGCCACAACAUUGGACCUCAGGACCAGUUACUUCCGCUUUCGUCUUUAUCGCGUUUCUACAAGCGUUUUGGAUGUGUGAAACUGACCAAUUCGAACAGAAAGGCUACAUUUAGUGAAUCACCAGUUCGUACAUAGAGGGAAAUCCAUCAGAAUUAAGGUCUAUGUCCUGUGGAUUUUUAAAAUUUGAGGUUCAAUAUCAUCUGUGGACGUGAGCAGCUUGCACAUUUAUAAUGGCAGACGUAGAGGCUAGUGCUUCACAACCCCAAGAUGGGAAUAUUGUAUAUUUGUGGAAGAUUCCCGUUGACAAAGGGUACGUCAAGUCUCUGGACAGCGUCUUGAAAGUUGUAGCUGCGGCCCUGUCAUUUAUUGCCUUCAUUUGCUGUGCCUCUGGAAGAUCUGACCACUGUGACGACCAAUAUUCUUCAACUUACAAUUACUUUGAGUUUGUCUCAAUCUCAGCCUUUCUUACCUUACUUAUUCUGUGGAUUUUCUAUGCUUUGACUUUGCGUUCAAGAUUAUUCUUCAAACUUCUGCCCUGGAAUCUUGUGGAUUUGAUAUAUCUUGCCGUCUACAUCAUCUUUUAUGCCAUUGCUAGCAUUGUUCUAGCUGCUCAACCUUGUGGCAAGGACAGUAACAAAGCAGGAGCGGCAUUUGGCUUCUUUACAUUGGGAUGCUUGUGUGCCAAUGCAUUCUUUUCCUUCCAAGCUUGGCGUGGUUCAAGAAUGGAGUCUUCAGCUGACACUGGGAAAUCCCCUGAGUACAAUGCGGAGAGGAAUAUGGAACAAUACUAAAUCCAUCCAAAUUGGAGAUUAUUUUAAGUUUUUACUUUGUUGUUGUCAUAGUAGUACCUGUUCAGUUGAGUUCAGUGUUCUGUGCUUUUUGGGGUGAUUUUUUUUUUUUUUUGCUUGAUAUGUUAAGUGUUUGCCAUGGGACCAACUCUUUGAUAACACAUAUAUAUGGUUGCAGUGUUAAAAUACUUUUGAUCCACCACCAUUUUCCUAUCUCUACAUUUUGCUGUGUUGAAACAUUUGAAAAUCAGAAGGAAAAAAUGGAUUAAAGGAAAUGUGAAUUAUAUAUUUGCAUAUAUAUUAUGCCCUUCGAUAUGCUGGUUUUACUGGACUACUGAUUUCCUGCAUCAAGUUACUUUAGUGACAUACACUUCUGGUUCUUUUUUAUGACAAGCCUCCCUGGUGACUCAGUUACCCAGAUGAAUUUAACACUGGUUUAUCCAAUUCAGUAUUUUGCUGUAUAUUAUGUAAUAUUAUUUUUGUUGAAGGAAGAGAAA